AUGAACAAGAGGCCUUACUUUAGGCCAAACCCAUUUUACGAAAAAUUGAAGAUAAAGGAGAAGGAUUUCAUGUCAUUAUUACCCAACUUACAGUUGGAGAACAUUGAGAUCCCUCAAAAUAUCCAGGAGCUCAAGAAGGAGAUUAACUUCUACUGCAACCUACACAGCCAGAUGGUCAUGGUGAAGACUUUUAUGAAGAAGUUGGUCACACUGAAGCAGGAGAGAAAGGGGGUGCAGCUUGAUUGUGCAGUCCUAAAGAAAUGCUUGGUUGACUUGAACCGGAAAGAUAAUGACGAACAGGAAAAGAAGACAAUCAAACUCCAGACCCAACAACAUCUGUGGUACCAAUGGUACCAGGAAGUGGGCUAUCAUAGUGACAGAUCUGACCGAGUAGUUUAUUGGAGGAAUAUGGAAGAAUUUGAAGAUUUAGACAAGAACACAAAUACAAGUGAUUAUUGUAAGCAGAGCUUAAUGGAAGCUAUUAGAAUCUUGGAAGACACUAUGUGGGUUAUGGAUGCUCUGACCAAGAGGCUUUAG